AUGAAGCUCUCCCACGCUUUCGCUGGCUUCGCUGCUACGGCGCAUGCCUUGGGCCCUGAGUCCAACAUCUUUGGCAACACUGAUGAUGCCAACAUCCAAGCUCCUCACAAGAUUCCAACGGUCCACGAAUCUGUUGUCAUGGCGCGCCGUAUCCUUGCUCUUACCAAGCUUGCCACCCUCUCGACCGUCUUCCCUUCCGGCCAUCCCAAUAGCGACCUUGCCAUCGAUGAGAACCGUCCGACAGGACUCGAGGGUGUGCCUAUCGGCAUGAUGGAUUAUGUGGCCGAUUGCGAAGAUGAAGGCAACCCUACCAUUCUCGAAAUCAAGAUCGCAACAACGUUUAAGAACGUUCGAGCUGGGUCAAACCUUACCCUCUCCAUGAACUGGGUCCCGCCGUAUCCGCCCGCCAAGCGCAUCUCCCUCCUUUCUCGACUCUCGGCAUAUGUUCCCUUCCUUCCCAGCUACGACUACAACAGCCGUGCCCAAGGGCCGUCCGAUACGCCAGACACCGUUCCUUACUCGGCGGCCAACCUACCCCGGUUCGCCCUUUUUGGUUACCUUGAGCCCAUUGAGACUACACCCGUAUCAGCCGUCAAGCUUGCCGCGUGCUUCACACGCAAGCACCAGGAUGCCAAGUACUGGCUACCUGGUAACUUCAUCCACGAAAGUUCAUGGUCGCGCCUGGUUGUGACCAAAAUCUACUGGGUCGGCGGCUUUGGUGACCGAGCGCGUAUCGGCUGGCUUCCUGUUGACGAAUGGAAGAGCGUCACCAGAGAUGAAUGGGAGAGCAUCAAACUCCUGGGUGAGGAGAAGGGCUGGAAUGAGUGGUCAGUCAGCUCUGUAGCAGAGCUGUAG